UCGUUUUACACCAACAGAACCAAUCAAAUCUCCCCAAUUUAGACCAACCGUUGAACCUGCCUGGACUCUCUCUCUCCAUUCACGAAUUAAAUUUUCACUCCUUAUUCCGAAAGGAUCAUGGAAACCCUGGUUGGAUAAACAUUUAACAAUGUGAUUCCAAUCAAUUCCAAUUUCGAAACGACCAGGAAGAAAUCAACAUCUGGGUACACCUAUCUCCAAACCCAUUUCGUUGAUUCUCCUCUUAUUUCAAAACCCUAAACCUAGUUUUUUUUCCAAUUGGGAGAUUUGAGCCGAACCCAGAUGCGAGAAGCCCUAGUUUUGCCUGAAAUCUGGAUUCUUGUUGUAUGGAUUCGCCAUUAUUGACAUUCUUCUUUGUUGCUUUGGGGGUUUUCUUGAUCCUUUUCACUCCCUUCGUUGAAUCUCAGGGAAAUGUAAAUCAAGGACAAGUCUCUUCACCGCCGCCACCGCCUCCUCCACCACCACCGCCUCCUCCUCCGCCAUCCCCUCCUCCUCCGCCGCCGCCACCACCGCCUCCCCCUCCACCGUCCUCUCCCGGUCCCACACUACCGCCCAGGAGCCCGCCUCCUUCACCACCGAGAUCAGCUCCUCCGUCCCCCCCUCCUCCAUCUAAUCAAACGCUGAAUUUGGGGAAGAAAGUGGGAUUGUUGUUUGGGGGUAUUGUUGUGAUUUUGCAGGUGGGUGUGGUGGCAUUCUUGGUAAUCAAGAGACGGCAAUUGUUGAACAACAGUCUCAGAUAUUGAGGGAGAAUUUUUUAUCGUUUUAUUGAGUUGAGGACACUGGUAAAGGAUUCAAUGAGGGGCAUUGAGGGUAGAUGUACAGAUUUUGGAGUGAGUGAUCAGUCUUUUGUCUCCAAUGAAGAUGUCGCUCUUGUAAAUGGGUAAUUCGUGAUUGGGCAUUCUUUUUUCUCCUUCCCCAUUUCUUACCAAUUCGUUUGUUUGUUUUUUGAUCAUAUUCGUUCGUUGGUUUGUUUUUCUAUUGAGUUUUCCUACUUUGUUUCAUCUUCGCGGUUUACGAGUCACAAUAGAAGAAACCCUUGUCCCUUUCCAUUUGGCUAACAUGUAUGACUCAAAUGUUUACUUCUGCAACAUAAGUUUCUAAUGGCAUUCUCUUAUUGUUGUGUGA